GGGUUGGGAUUUGUGUGUGUGUGUGUGUGUGAAAAUGUAGGAAUUGGGGAACACUUCCCAAGAUGUCUUGAAUGAGCUAAACAGUUUGACGUUGGAAUGGUUUCAAUCUCAUCAAGCUUUGUGGAAGGAGGAGAUAAAUGUGUAAUGUAGCUCUCAAUACGUGAAUUUUACUGUGAAAAUGUGCACAUUUUGGGAAUGGGGAUAGUUUCCAAGAUGUCUUUAAUAGUAACACAUUUUAUUUGGAGGGGCCUUUCAGGGCAGUUGAGGUCACUUUACAGUCCACUAAUUUAAAAAAAUGACAAUUAGCAUGUUUUCAUUACCAUCAAUUUUUUAUGGCGCUUGUUUUCAUUGUCCUCCUGACUGGUCGUCAGCCAAUCACAGGGCAGAUUAAGACAUCUGUGGACAAGAGUUUCAGUUAACCUAAGUAAUCAUGUUUUGGGACUCUGUGUUGGAAGCAAAAAAACAAAACAAAAAGUAAGCACGGGGAGAACAUAGAAACUACACAGGAAAGCUGGAGCUGAGAUUCGAACCUCAAAACUCAUAACUGUGAGGUAGAUGUGCUCAUCAUGAAGCAAGUGUUUCCCAACCUUUACUGAGCCGAGGCACAUAUUUUACCCUCAAAAAUUCUCAUGGCACCAAAAGUCACAAAAGUUGCUAAGACACAUUGAUUAUGCACCCUCUGGCAUCUGGUCAAAGAGCAUUUCAUUGUUCUGCCUGUCACUAUGUGUCACUGGCAUAGAUAGUUGAAUAAAGAUAGCGUACAUUAGUCAUGAAUAUUCUACCAAUUAAGUGAAAUUGAAUAAUUUCCUGCGGCACACCUGAUGAUAUCCCACAGUACACUAGUGUGCCAUGGCACAGUGCCUGGGGAUCUUUGCACUCGGCCACCGUGCUGCAGUUAGCAAUCCUAUAAAAAUAAAAAUAACAACACACCGAGCAACAUGACCAAACGCCACUCAACUGUCACGCAAUGUGUCGGGUUCGGCAACUAACUAGUUUUGCUGUGAUUCGAAAUUUGAAUCACAGGUUCGUAAGGUUGCAGAUGUAAUGACCAAUCGAAAUUGCCUUGUCGUAUCACACGAGUUUUCACAACAAAAUUUAUGUUUCUGUGUUUGAAGCGAGAUCCAGCUGGCCGCUGCCAUUCAUAUAUAUAUAUAUAUAUAUAUAUGAAUAUAUGGUAUUGAAAAAUAAUACUUAAGCAUAUUUAUAAUUUCAUAUCUACCCGUGGCUAAAAUGCAAAGCAUGGAGAGUAUCUGUUGGCGAAAUACACGAGUGGAGGCAAGAAUUGCUCUUGGCAGAGCCUCUGAAAUAUACGCUCACCUUUAUUUCUUGGCCGUUUUCUCUCUUUGUAUUAUCAUAAUAUUGCUACAACGGCCAAGGCAAUCCACUUCUUCCUGAACAAUCACGCCGUGUUGUUUGUGGUUCAAUAAAAAAUAAUACAGUAGUAUGUGGUGCCUCAAAACAUUGCUUCUGAAUAAGAAAACUAGGGUUUGCAGUUUCUGUGUUGCAGUAUGUGCCAGAUUCAAUCAGCAGAUGUGCGGGUGUGCUAUCAUCGGGCAGGAGGCGGGGUACACCCUGAACUGGUUGCCAGCCAAUUGCAGGGCACAUACAAACAAACAACCAUUCGCACGCACAGUCACACCUACGGGCAAUUUAGAGUCUUCAAUUAAUGCAUGUUUUUGGGAUGUGGGAGUGCCCGGAGAAAACCCACGCAGGCACGGGGAGAACAUGCAAACUCCACACAGGCGGGGCCGGGAAUUGAACCCCGGUCCUCAGAACUGUGAGGCUGACGCUCUAACCAGUCGUCCGCCGUCAAAGAACAUACAUUUUUAAAAAGGACUUAAAAUUGUGGAAAAAUGUAAAAUCUCAGCGUGAUUGGUGAGUUCCAUACCUCUGGACCUAAAUGUGGAUAAACAGGCUGGAAGUACACUGAGGAAGAAGAGUGCACAGGCUGAAAAAUAGUGUUAUGUAUGAAUUACACAGUUGCCAUAUAGGGGGCCCCUGGAAUUCAACCAGAUACCUGUUGAUCUACAGUCAAACACUCUACCACUGAGCUACACCCCCACAGGAAAGGUCCACCCAUUAAAACAAAUCCUACGUUUAUGAUAAAUCUACCAAUUAACAGUUAAUCAAGUGCUGUACCAUGUCACAAAAGCAGAAGUUGUGGUACUGUUGUGCUUGACCACACCUAUGUAGCACACCAAAACUGCUAAGGAAUUCCCCCGUAAAAUUCUCAUGCUGGGAUUUCCCUCAAAAGUGAGGGAAGUCCCAGAGAACCAUGUGUCUUCUUGACACAUGGCUCUUUAUUACAAGAAAAAGAAGACACACUUUUCUUUUAGCUACUUCCCAUUCUAGGAGUGAUCAUUUUCUACCCACCAAACAACACACUUCACUGUGCCUAGCUUUGGCACCCUUCCACUGCCAAAAGGUGGCACAUUGUAAAUACUAAAUAUAUAAUAUUAUAGUAUCUACACUAUAUAACACAUACAUAUAUAAUACAUCAUACUUCUUAUGAGAACAUGAAGUCAUGUGCCUUUAAAUCACUUUCCUCCAAAGCAGCAUGCUUUGCUUUUUCUUUGGCUUUUUUUAUUCCAAAAGAAGCAGCAGCUGUAACAAACAGUAUCAGAUUCAAAGCUGUAUGACUCCAGCCUCAUCGUCAUAUUGUAUAGCCCGCUCAGUUCUUUAAUGACUAUCAAAACGUGUCAUUUGUUACAUUAAUUUAGCCGUUUUUCUUCCUAAAAUUGGUUGAUUAAAAUGGAUGUAUCAAUAGUUUUUGUUCAUUUAUCUCAUUAAAUAAUUGGUUGAUUAAUAAUAAUUAGUUAUAAUGCAAAUGAAUUAUUCUGUAUGAUUAAAAUAAACAGUUUUACAGUUUUAAAUAUACAUUUUAACUUUUUUAUAUUGUUUAUACAUUAAUCUACAACUGAGAUGGCCCAUCUGUCCAUUCAAAUAUUCAAAUGUGGCCUUUGAGGACCAAUGUUUACCCACCCCUGUCCUACACUAACCUACUAUUAACAGUGGUUAACUUACUUUUACAUUUGUAUCACCUUUGCUCAACUUUUGUUUUGUAAUGGCAACAAUUUGACAAGUUUGAUCUUUUUUGCCCCCCAGUAUUUCCUAGAAAAAAAUAAAUUAUCAAAGGAAAAAAACGGUGCCAUGUAGUGGAUCUAGUACAAUGCUAAUUCUACCGCAGAGUCACCAGUAAGUUAGCAAAUUCAAUUCGUAACCUGAGGUUCCAGUAUAAUAGAACAUUAAGUGUUGUCACUGAUGGUGUAGUGGUAAAUCUGCCCGACAUUAGUGCAUGCAGCAUCGGUUCAGUUCCCACUCAAUGAUAAUGUUAACAUGAAAGGUUGUCUGUCUUUAUACAGCAUGUGCCCUCUGCCCUGUGCCUUGCAACUGACUGGUGAUCUUUCGCCUGAUGUCAGUUGGGACAAGCUCCAGGUUCCCACAACCCCAAACAAGAUAAGCGGAGCAGAUCGGUGCCGGAAAAGAACCAAACAACUCCACUGCAGCUUCGAGGUGCACUCGAUUUGAAGAGGAAUUCUGAGAAUGCCGAGUUUAGGAGCAAAGAAGAAGGACAAUGCGUCCAGAAUGGAGAGAUUCAUUGAGGACUUGCCACAGCUGAGCAAUGAGAUGCAGCUGAGCAUCAUGAACAAGGUGAAGACUGGAGAGUUGUCCAUCGACGAUGCUCUGGACCUGGCCAGGAAGGACCGGGGCCGGUUAACCAAACUACAUCGUGCCCCUGAGGAGGAGCAGCUUCCGUCACAGUACAACUUCAGUGUGCACAAGCAUGGACACUACAGGUGGAAGAAGCGGGUUUUUCAGGUAUCUGUCCAUCCAUCUAUCCAUCCAUCCAUCCAUCCAUCCAUCCAUCCAUCCAUCUAUCUAUCUAUCUAUCUAUCUAUCUAUCUAUCUGUCUGUCUAUCUGUCUGUCUGUCUGUCUGUCUGUCUGUCUGUCUGUCUGUCUGUCUGUCCGUCCGUCCGUCCGUCCGUCCGUCCGUCCGUCCGUCCGUCCGUCCGUCCGUCCGUCCGUCCGUCCGUCCGUCCAACCAGAUGGAUUUCAACACCAAAAUGCUGUGCACCAUAGAGAAAGGCAUCGUCAAGCGCCAACUUCCCUUCGCCAUCGUCAAGAGUUGUGAUGAUGGAGUUGGUUCUAGAUUUUCUAUUUCGUUCAAAGGCCACCAUGAUUAUGAGCUGGAGGCCACUUCAGUGGAUGACAAGCACAAGAUCAUGCAGCUUGUAAACCAGAUAAUUUACAGGAACAUCUACAGUCAUGCUGAGGGGGGUAGUGCAGGGACACACCAGCAGCCUCAAGCAUCGCAAACCCUCCGGGAAGGUGUCCUUAUGCUGCACAGGGGCGGACUGGCAUCAUUCCGAUGGGUCAAAUAUGAGGUUCAGCUGCAGCCUGGCCAGUUAACACUGGGGCCCUUUAGUCACCGAGGCGCCGCCGACGGCGAGCUGAUGUCCUCAAAGCCCGUAAGCGUUGUGAUCCAUCUGUCGGAUGGCGACACCAAAGUACAGAAACCUCACAGCAUCGAUACCUUCACGCUUGUCACUCGCAAAAAUGAAUACCACUUCAGAGUGCCCCCAUCGUGUCAGCCACUUCCUGGUACUGUCCAGACGGAGCGCGAUGCCUGGGUCCAGGCCAUUCACAAGUUGUGUUCGGACUGGAGAAGAAAGUCCAAGAGUGAACGCAUGCUUGAGGUCAACGAGAGCCUCCGACAUCUAAGCAUAGCAGAAGACAUAGGGGAGGACAACAACGGCUCUGAUGUCGAGUCCGCUGGUGAGGAUGUUUAUGAAGACCCAAAUUCAGCUGGCGACAUGAAUCCAAAUCCCCCCCAAGAAGUUCCAAAGCAGACCGCCCCCGAUGCUACCCCCUCCCACCUUGGCCCACCACCCUCUAGCAGAGAGCAUCCUCACCGGCAUCCAGCAGGCUCGGUAGGGGACAAAAUACCUUGCACCAAGGAGAUCCCGCCACCCCCACCUUUACCUCUCUAUUUCAAGAUCGGUCCACGAAAGACCACACCACAUCACACCAAGGCUUUCCACUGGGACCUCGUUGGUACUGAUAAGAUUGUAAAAUCAUUUUGGGGGAAAGGAAGCCAGCAACACGUUGAAGUUGACACAACGCGUUUGUACAUGCAAUUUUCUGUUGAAAACGCGGGGUCCUUUGGAGCAUCGGAGCCCACCAAUGCACAACACAUCAUGCUCAACCAAAAGAUUGCACACAACUUCAACAUUUUCCUCAAAAGUUUUGCGGUGCAGCCUGCAGAGCUGAAGGACAAGCUGUUCGUCAUUAACGAGGAGGACGGAGGCCUGUCUGACGAGCACAUUACCUCGCUGAGGAGGUAUGUUCCCACUCUGGAGGAUGUGGAGAUGUAUAAAUCCUACAAAGGACCAGUGAGUGAACUGCACAUUGUGGACCAGUACAUGAUGGAGAUGUGCGACAUUCCAUACCUGAGCACACAACUAGAACUGCUCCUGACCCUGAGAGAGCUUCCCAUCAGCAUGAGAGACCUGCAGCCUCUGAUUGGCCAGAAGAUUGCAAUGUGCACGCAGCUGCACACCUGCAAGUCAUUCGUUUCCGUGCUGGAGUACACGCUGGCCAUCGGCAAUUACCUCAAUGAGAACGCCGGAAAGGAAAAGGCCAAGGGAUUCCGCCUCUCAUCCUUAGCUAAACUGUCGCAGCUUCGUGGGAGAAAACGGACUUUCAGCUUGCUCCAUGCCCUUGUGGAGCAGAUUAUGUUGCAUGAGCCAUUCUUGGCCAACUUUACCAACGAGUUGGCGGAAUUUGAAGCAGUCCCAGGAGCUUCUGUCAAAGGCCUAACCGCUGAGGUAGACGUCCUGAAAAAUGAACUGCAGAAAGUCAUCCAGUAUGGAAAAGCCUCCAAGAAGAGAAAUGUUGGAGGACAUCAUGCACACUUCAGCAAAGACCUGAAGGCGGCAGUGGAGAAAUACAACGCAGAUCUUUUGGCCUUGAUUAAGUCUUGUGAGGAGAUGAAGAAGCUAUACUCUGGCAUCUUGGUGAAGUUUGGAGAGGUGGUCGACCAGGACUCUCAGGAGCUCUUUGGCUUCAUCUGUCAGUUCAUCCACGACUUCAAGAGGGCCCGCGCUGAUGUUAUGUAGAUGCCAAUGGACAUUAGAAUUCAUUACUGACACGACAAGAAUAUAAACCCUUUGCUUUCUAUUCCCAUUUCCAGUGGACCCUCAAACAAAACAAUUUUCUCAAAGGAAAUAUAAAUAAUCUGUUUCAGGGUCUAACCAUAAAACCUUGAUGAGCUGUACUAACAAUAUUUUAAUUAACAUAAAGGCAAUACAAAUGUGCAGAGGGAGAUUAAUGCUUGUACCUGGGAGGUAAUUCGCUUCACAAUAAGACUAAAUGCAUCUCCCUUUUCUGUGCACAUCCUGUUCUUCUUCUUGGUGACAAAAAACAAAACAACAACAAAAAACAUGGAGUGUCAUAUUUGUGUUUGUUUAUCCAUUUGUUUGUUAGUUAGCAGAAUUCUUCCUGGCUCUUGGAUGAUGAUGAACAGAUGGGCAGUGCCAUUGUGAUUCUGGGGUGAUGCCAUUGUGACUCAAAUGGUGAAAAAGGAAAUUCCUAUAUUUGCACCGAAAUGUAAUGUCUUCUUCCUUGACGCAAGCACCGCCCCUCUGCAAAUUUUAGUAUUUUAUUUGUAAUCUUGCUAAUUGUCCAUUUAUCAUGUACUAUGUUACUAUGUCAACAUGACUGAAAACUAAACUUAAACAACAAAGCGAGUGUUGGGCGAAUACUUUUGCACACUACUGUAUGGCUUUGUUUCAAAGAAUGAAACAUUUAAAUUCAUGCAAAAAUAAAUGUUUACCAUUUUGGGGGAGUAUACUGUUUGGUGGCCAUUUUGCCCUUUGGGAAAGUGGGGCAGUGCCCUACCAAAUCCAGUAGAUGGCUUUGUGGGCUGUGGAUAAAUAGAUUGUAUUGGGAGUCGUAUGAAUAAAAGUCUGUAUGAAUAAAAAUGUU